AUUAAAACAAUUAAUUUUAAAAAUAAAUUCGUUCCAUCUUUAAAGAGAUCUCACCAAAUGACACCUAGCCGGACCAUGACAUGUGAUGGAGAGGUGAACUUGGUGAUGAGGGUAUAAGAGUAAUUUCAAAUCAAGAAGAUUCACCCACCACCCCCGCCUAUUUAACCGCCCACCGGCGCCACUCAUUUGCCGCCCCAAUUCAAUCAUUUCAUAAUUCUCCGUCCAAAAAUUCUUCAAACGACAAAAUAUAGAAAUAAAAAACCAUGAAAACUACACUUUCCAUUAAUUCACUAAUCAUCUUCCUCGCACUCUCCUCCGUCCACUCACGGCCGUCACGCGCCGCCGGCGCCGGCGCUAAAGAAGACACCCAGUUCAUCGAAGCAACCUGCAAUGCCAGAGAUGUAGUACUACCGAACCCGUCCUUAUGUGUCCGCUACCUCUCCCCCUUCGCCGGCGCCGUGAAGCGAGAUCUCGCCGUCCUGGCUCGGGUCGCCAUCGACGUCACCCACGAUAAAACCAACUCCGUGGUCACUUAUAUGAAGAAAAACGUCUCCGCCGGCGCCGACCUAAUUGCCGUGAAUGCCCUCAAGGACUGUUGGAACACCUACUUGGUAAGCUCCAUAGGUGAGAUGGAGAAUUCUACCAACGCAUUGAAAGCGAUCAGCGCCGCCGGUAAGGCGGCGGCGUUGGGCGACGUCCAGGCGUGGAUGGACGCCGCCCUGACGGACCAGGAAAUGUGCACGGCGGGGCUGGAGAAGAAGGUGGCGGAUAUGAACCUCAAAGCCGCCGUGCUGGGUCAGAUGGCGCUGGUUAAGCAGCUCACCGGCAAUGCCUUGGCUCUAUUCCACAAAUUUUCGUGCUCAAACGGAGGUCCUUGUAAUGCCAGGACCAAUACAAUCGUCAUCCAUUAAAUUAAGUUUCCCAUCUUAUUAAUUACAUUAAAUAAACAUGUUUACUACCGAAUUAUCUUAAAUAAAAUGUACUACCUAAUUAUUACGUUUGAUUUGUAAUGAAGAUGGUAUGAUAGGAGUUGUAAACUUGUACUAUAACUAUCUAUCUAUCUCUGUGUAUUUGUCUAGUUUGACUUUUGCGAGUCAAACUGAAUAAACUUUGAACUUCGAUCACUCUUAAUUUGUAUUGCAUAUUUGUAUAAUAAAAUAUCUAUAAUAUUUUCUAAAUAUUAUUAGAAAUAUUUUCUAUAGAAAUAUACAAGAUUAUUAUUAUCCCAAUUUUAAUCUUUAUAUUUUAUACUACUAUAAUCUUUACUAGCAUAAAGAUUGUGGUAGACUCCGGCGUUGUUCGUGUGUCAAAGUUGGAGACCGGACGCUUGAACGGUUACGUUUGCACUUUCAACGCUCUUCCUACGACUUCUUCGUUUUUACAGCUUACGGAGAAAGAUUUCAGUGAGUGUUGAAUUCGACCCUAACACCGCCAUCACUCCGAAUCAUAUAGCCAGAUUACCUUUCAUCCUUGGUGAAAUCUUCUUAUCGCACAACACCCAUGCAGGCAACAAUGCAACAUCAAUUUCGCCCAAGCCACUCCAACACAUGCGCAACAUCCACAUCUAACUCCCCAUCCGCCUGAAUGACUAAGCCAAGAUACUAAUAAAACUUGUCAACAUUG